UAGCGGAAGUUGUGUUUCGGCUUUCGCGUGACAGCUGCAGCUCGUGUAUAAAGCUAAAGGAGCCUUCGCUGUGGUGAUCUCAUUAUCAUUGUCAUUUCACCGGGCGUCCAGCAUCUUAUUGCCUCUAAGCCACGCAAACAGCUGAGUAACGUUUGGGGAAGCCCAGCCCCCGACCAGACGCCAUGGGGGACGAUAGUGAGUGGAUGAAGCUUCCUGUCGACCAGAAAUGUGAACAUAAGGUGUGGAAAGCCCGACUGAACGGUUAUGAAGAAGCUCUGAAGUUGUUCCAGAGGAUACAAGACGAGAAGAGUCCAGAAUGGGGGAAGUAUCUGGGCCUGAUAAAGAAGUUUGUCACCGACUCCAACGCUGUGGCUCAGCUCAAAGGCCUGGAAGCUGCUCUGGCCUUCGUAGACAACGCACAUGUGGCUGGCAAGACGACGGGCGAGGUGGUGUCGGGUGUUGUGACCAAAGUGUUCAACCAGCCCAAGGCCCGAGCCAAAGAGCUGGGAAUGGACAUCUGCCUCACGUACAUCGAGAUCGAGAAGGCUGAGGUCGUCCAGGACGAGCUGCUGAAGGGGCUGGAUAACAAGAACCCAAAGAUAGUGGUGUCCUGCAUCGAGACGCUCCGCAAGGCUCUGAGUGAGUUUGGGUCAAAGAUAGUGCUGCUGAAGCCAGUGGUGAAGGUUUUACCCAAACAGUUUGAGUCCAGAGAGAAGGCUGUGAGAGAUGAAGCCAAGCUGCUGGCUGUGGAGAUCUACAGGUGGAUCCGAGAUGCUCUGAGACCUUCGCUGCAGAACAUCAACUCUGUUCAGCUGAAGGAGCUGGAGGAGGAGUGGGUGAAGCUACCUCCAGCCCCCCCAAAGCAGACCAGGUUCCUACGCUCCCAGCAGGACCUCAAAGCAAAGUUUGAGCAGCAACAAGCACAAGGAGAGCCAUCUGAUGGAGAGGAUGAGGAGGAUACGGCUGCAGCUGUGGAUGCUUAUGAGCUCCUGGAACCGGUGGAGAUUCUGUCCAAGGUCCCUAAAGACUUCUAUGAGAAGAUCGAAGCAAAGAAGUGGCAGGAGAGGAAAGAAGCUCUGGAGGCUGUGGAGGUUCUAGCUAAGAACCCUAAACUGGAGAACGGAGACUAUGGAGACCUUGUUCGAGCCUUGAAGAAGGUUGUGGGGAAAGAUGCUAACGUGAUGCUGGUGUCCUUGGCGGCUAAAUGUCUGGCUGGAUUGGCUACUGGGCUCAGGAAGAAGUUUGGAACGUAUGCAGGACAGGUGGUUCCAACCAUUCUGGAGAAGUUCAAGGAGAAAAAGCUUCAGGUAGUCCAGGCCCUGCAGGAGGCCAUCGACGCCAUCUUCCUCACGACAACGCUCCAGAACCUGUCGGAGGACGUCUUGGCUGUGAUGGACAAUAAAAACCCGUCCAUCAAACAGCAGGCCUCUUUAUUUUUGGCUCGGUCUUUCCGACUCUGCACCCCAGCCACGCUGCCCAAGAGCGUCCUCAAGCCGUUCUGUGCUGCUCUCAUUAAGCAAGUGAACGACUCUGCCUCGGAGGUUCGGGAUGCUGCUUUUGAAGCUCUGGGAACAGCCAUGAAGGUGGUGGGGGAGAAAGCCGUGAACCCGUUCCUUUCGGACCUGGAUAAACUCAAACUGGAUAAGAUUAAAGAGUGUGCUGAUAAAGUCGAGCUGCCUGGAGGGAGGAAAGGAGCUUCUGGAGGAGCAGCAGUGGAGAGGAAACCUGCAGCUAAAGCUCCGCCUCCUGCUGCUGAAGCUCCAAAAUCUGCUGCUCCACCUAAGAAAACCCAAACUUCUGCCGCCUGCAAGCCGUCUUCUGGUCCAGCUAAAAAAGGGAAAUCAGCAUCUGCAGCUGCAGGAAAAACAAAGAAGGCCUCCAGCAGUAAAGAGUCCACAGAAACGGAGCUCUCUGCUGAGGCGUGUGAGGAACUGGCAGCAGGCGUACUUCCUGCUUCCUGUCUGCAGCAGCUGGACUCCACCAAUUGGAAAGAGAGACUGGCCAGUAUGGAGGAGUUCCAGAGGGUGGUGGAAACCAUGGACAAGGCAGCAAUACCUUGCCAGGCUUUAGUCAGGAUGUUGGCCAAGAAACCAGGCUGGAAGGAGACAAACUUCCAGGUGAUGCAGUUGAAGCUGCAUGUCGUGGCCCUUGUCGCUGAGAGAGGACAGUUCUCCAAGACAUCAGCGUCUGUGGUUUUGGACGGCUUGGUGGACAAGGUUGGAGACGUGAAGUGUGGGGGGAACGCUAAAGAAGCUCUGACUGCGAUUGGAGAGGCGUGCUCGCUGCCGUGGACUGCUGAGCAGGUCGUCUCCAUGGCAUUUUCACAGAAGAACCCUAAAAACCAGGCGGAGACUCUUACUUGGUUGGCCAGCGCUAUGAAGGAGUUUGGGUUCACAGGCAUCAACGUUAAAGGAUUCAUAAACAACGUGAAGACGGCUCUGGGAGCUACAAACCCGGCAGUCCGGACCGCCGCCAUCACCCUGCUGGGGGUCAUGUACCUGUACAUGGGGCCGCCGCUGCGCAUGUUCUUCGAGGAUGAGAAGCCGGCUCUCCUAGCUCAGAUAGACUCAGAGUUUGAGAAGAUGCAGGGCCAGUCCCCUCCUGCUCCCAGCAGGUUCACCAAGAAGGCAGCAGCUGAGGAGGAGGGCGAUGAAGGUGAGGAGCAGGAUGAAGAUGGAGGAGGAGGAGGAGGACAGGACAUCAUGGACUUACUACCCCGCACUGAUAUCAGUGAUAAGAUCACACCCGACCUGGUGUCUAAAAUAGGAGACAAGAACUGGAAGAUCAGGAAAGAAGGUCUGGAUGAGGCAGCGGCCAUCAUCUCAGAGGCAAAGUUCAUCACAGCCAACAUCGGAGAUCUUCCUCUGGCCAUUAAAGGACGACUCGGCGACUCUAAUAAAAUCCUGGUUCAGCAGACCCUGAGCAUCCUGCAGCAGCUGGCUGCAGCCAUGGGACCAGGACUCAAACAGCACAUCAGAGUUCUGGGGUUCCCCGUCAUCACGGUCCUGGGAGACAGCAAGCCAAACGUGAGGACGGCGGCCAUGACGACCCUGCAGGCCUGGGUGGAGCAGACUGGGAUGAAGGACUGGCUGGAGGGAGAAGAUAUGUCUGAGGAGCUGAAGAGGGAGAAUCCCUUCCUCCGACAGGAGCUGCUUGGCUGGCUGGCGGAGAAGCUGCCCACCCUGAGAACAGUCCCUGGAGACUUGAUGCUGUGUGUCCCUCAACUUUACACCUGCCUGGAGGACAGAAACGGAGACGUGAGGAAGAAGGCUCAGGAUGCUCUGCCCACCUUCAUGAUGCACCUGGGCUUCGACAAGAUGAGCAAAGCUACAAGCAAACUCAAGCCUGCCUCCAAAGAUCAGGUGGUGGCCAUGUUGGAGAAGGCCAGAGCCGUGAUGCCAGCUAAACCUGCAGCGCCGGCCAAAACGGGAGGGAAGGGACCAGCUGAGUCCGCUAGAGCUUCUUCAGCCUCCAGGUGUGCGGCGGCCAGCGAGGACCUCCCUGAUGGUAAACCUGAAGCGAAGAAGGUCCGAGGAGGACCAGCGGCUAAGAAGUCCUCCCCUCCUGACGAUGCCCCCCCCAAGGACAAGGAGUGUAAUGGUAGUAAAAAGCCCCCCCUCAAAGGGAAGGCUGCUGCUGGAAGCCAACAGUGUCCAGCUGGUAAGAAGCCUGCAGCCAAAGGCCUGAAGGACGACGAGGACAAGUCUGGACCGAUCUUCAUCCUCGUUCCAAAUGCCAAGGAGCAGAGAAUCAAAGAGGAGAAGCAGCUGAAGAUCCUAAAGUGGAACUUCAUCACUCCUCGAGACGAGUACGUGGAGCAGCUGAAGACCCAGAUGUCCACCUGCUUUGCUAAGUGGCUGCAGGAUGAGCUGUUUCACUUCGACUUCCAGAGACACGUGAAGGCCAUUGGUGUCAUGAUGGAGAGGCUGGAGAGCGAGAGCGAUGCUACCAUCAGCUGUUUGGACCUGAUCCUGAAGUGGUUCACCUUUCGUUUCUUUGACACCAACACCACGGUCCUGAUGAAGGUUCUGGAGUAUCUGAAGUUGCUGUUCACCAUGCUGAACAGGGAGAACUACCACCUGACGGAGUAUGAGGCCAACUCCUUCAUCCCCUACCUGCUCUUGAAGGUUGGAGAAUCUAAGGAUGUAGUUCGUAAAGAUGUUCGGGCCAUUCUCGCUAUGCUGUGUAAAGUUUACCCAGCAUCCAAGAUCUUUCCUUUCCUCAUGGAAGGAACUAAAUCCAAGAACUCCAAGCAGAGAGCUGAGUGUCUGGAGGAGUUGGGCUGUCUGAUCGAAGGAUACGGGAUGAAUGUGUGUCAGCCGACUCCUGCCAAGUCUCUGAAGGAGAUUGCUGUCCACAUUGGGGACAGAGACACGUCCGUCCGUAACGCUGCUCUCAACACCGUGGUGGCCGUCUACAACGUCUGCGGCGACCAGGUCUACAAACUGAUCGGAAACCUAUCGGAGAAGGACAUGAGCAUGUUGGAGGAGCGGAUCAAACGCUCGGCUAAGAAGGCUGCUGCAGCUCCGCCCAAACAGGCGCCGGCUGACAGACCGCAGAGGGAAAACCCAACCAAUUCCACCGCCACUUUCCUCCGGAAGCCAGCUCAGGAAGACCCUAACAAGCUCAAAAUAAUGUAUCGCACGUAUAGGAUUCAGUCCCGUCAGAACGCGCAGCACAGCGAGCCGUCCCACCCAUCCAUCCCCAAGGAGUUUCAGCUGGACCUGGACAUGAUCGAGACGGACCAGAACCGAGUGUGUGAGCUACCGGACCUGGUCCAGCACAAGCUGGACGAGCUGCUGGAGCCCUUCAUGAUCCCAAAGCCUAAGAUACGGCCCAUCUCGCCCCACUUUGAUGAGCUCCACAACAGCACCGCCUCCACCAUCAACUUUGUCAUCUCCCAGGUGGCGAGCAGCGACAUCGGUACCAGCAUCCAGGCGCUGGCGCAGAUCGACGAGGUUCUGAGGCAGGAGGACAAAGCGGACGUGAUGUCUGGACACAUUGAUCAGCUGCUCAUCGUGACCAUCAUGCAGCUGCGCUUCAACAGCACCCACCUGGCCGACGAGCGCGUGGACAAGAGGGACGUCAUCAAGCUGUACAGCUGCAUCAUCGGCAGCCUGCUGUCGCUGUUCUCUAUGGAGACUCUGGCUCGAGAGGCGUCCAUGGGGGUCCUGAAGGACUUGAUGCACGGUCUGAUCACGCUGAUGCUGGACAGCCGAGUGGAGGACGUAGAAGAUGGAACACAGGUCAUCAGGUCCGUCAACCUGUUGGUGAUCAGAGUUCUGGAGCACUCGGACCAGACAAACAUGAUCAGCGCUCUGCUGGUUCUGCUGCAGGACACUUUGGUCUCCACGGCCGGUUCUCCCACAGUCUCUGAACUCGUCAUGAAGUGUCUGUGGAGAAUGAUCCGCUUCCUGCCGGAGACCAUCAACAGCUUAAAUCUGGACAGAAUCCUGCUGGAUGUCCACAACUUCAUGAAGGUUUUUCCCAAAGAGAAACUAAAGCAGCUGAAUAGCGACGUUCCUCAUCGGACCCUUAAGACCCUUCUGCACACGCUCUGUAAACUCACCGGCGCCAAGAUUCUGGACCAUCUGUCCAUGAUCGAGAACCGGAAUGAGUCGGAGCUGGAGGCUCACCUAAGGCGAGUUGUCAAACACUCGGGGAACCUCUCGGGUCUGAAGAGGGACCGCGGCAACGAAAAGGGCGGCCUGCGCACGGACGACCGCAUGUCAAAGGCCAAAGUCGGCGACAUCCUGUCUGAGAUUUUUAAGAAGAUCGGUUCUAAAGAGAACACGCAGGAGGGUCUGACUGAGUUAUACGAGUACAAACAGAAGUACUCCGAUGUGGACCUGGCGCCUUUCCUCAAAAACACAUCUCAGUUCUUCCAGAACUACGUGGAGCGAGGCCUCCGCCUGAUCGAGUCAGAACGGGAGGGAAAGACUCGCAUCCAGAACUCCACAGUGAUUCCUCAGCACGGUGUUGAGUCGAUCCUGAGCAGCAACAACGAGGAGCUGAAACCAGCCGUUUACUACGAGAGACUCCAGAUCCUUCGACAGAGACAAGGCCUGGAAAACACCGCCAGGCAGCAGCAGGGUCUUGGAGGAAGCUCUGACGAGCCUCAGCAGCGUCCCGCCAUCUCCUCGCUGCUGUCCCCCAAGCCGUCCGUGGCCUCGUCCACCGACAUGCUGCACAGCAAGCUGUCUCAGCUCAAAGAGUCCCGCGAGCUGCACCAGCAGGAGCUGAACACACACUCCAACUCGCCGACACACACGCGCUCGACCUCACCUGCCGGCAAUCUGGACGACCUGAAGAAGCGUCUGGAGCGAAUAAAGAGCAAGCGGCAGUGAAGCAGCUGCUCCGUCUCCUGUGGUCUUUUAUUGUCCUGCUACAGACAGAAGUCCACCUCCCCUCUCCUCUCCCACAUUUAGCCCGACUCCACCCGCCGUGCCUGUCUGUUGUUGGAAAUCAAUCUAACCCUUUGUUUGGUCUUUAGCUCCGACUUGUUUCUGUUUACAGUGAAGAUCAGAUGUUUAAUCCUGUCUCAGCCUCCCCUGUGUGAUGACCACGAGACGAUGAGCCCGCCUCGCUGUUUUUAAUCACUUUGUACAUUUUUAACCUUUUCACCUCCGAGCUCGUGACCACAGGAAGUAGAACGACCACCAGGCAGCACUUGCUGUUCUACUGUGACAGAGCAGCUCCUCAGAAGAGGAAGAGUUACUGUUCUCUCAGAUCUGCAGCUGUGUAACUGCAGAGACAAGUGAGCGCCCCCCUGUGGUCAAACACUGUUUUAGCUUGUUAUCAUUCUUGGCUGUGGCUGCUUCAUCUAGUGAUGUAAAACUCAGCUGAUCUUGUUUUCACCCUAAAGGCUGUCAGGUGGAUUUUCUCCUGAACAUUUAACUCCAGAACUUAACCAGUUUAGAUUCUAACUACACUUCCCAAAGGUCAAGCCCUGAUUCUGCGAGCCUGGGUAGUUUUCUGUUUCGGGCGAGGUUUCCUACCUGAUCUGUCUGGGUUAAACAAUAGAAACUUGAAAUCUCUGUGAUGCUUUUACUCUGAAGGGAUCAGAAUGUUUGUUUCAGAACAGGAAGUGAGUACUGAGACUUCCUGUCUGCUCAGCACCAUCUGCAGGUGUGUUGGAUUGUAAAUACUGUUUGUAAAGUCUCCGAUGGGUCGGUGGCAAAGGCCAGGGUUGGAGGUCAGGUCCAGGCCCCCUAUCAGGGAUCUGGGCCGAGGCCCUGGUCCCCCUGGACUCUGGACCGGGCUCCGGGUCCAGGUCUGGCCCUGGCCCUGCAGUUUGUUGAAGGGCAUGAAGUCUGACUGUUUUUAUGUUCUGUAAAUAAAGUUUUGUUUGAAUACGUUUUGUUUACAUAUUUUUGUUUUGUCGAAGGUUGAGAAUGUUGACCCGUCUCGGUUCUGGAGCUGAAUGUUUUUUUUUAUUCAACUCCGUACUACAUCUGUCUCAUUCCUGUUGGAUUCACGCUGGAUAGCAGCAAUAAAGUUUGUCUUUUUUUUAACGAA